AAACAGAAACUCCAGUUCACUUCCCCCUUGAGCAGACAAAAAGUAAUAAUGCAAGCUAAUUAAAAAGGAAAGACACCCUCCCCCACAAGACCGAAAAAUAGACUGCGAUUAUACUAAAUCAAACUCGAAGUCACUAAGGAACAAGAAGGCUGGGGAGAAUAAGAUUCAUUUGGUGAUGUAACAGCUUUUGGCACUGAGGAUCAUUCUCACCAAUGGGCCGAAUGAGUCUCCUACACCCUCUCGUGGCUUUUAUUCUACUGAACACUCAAGAGGCAGCUGCCUACGGCUUCAGGAACUGCAUACAGUCCGAAAGCAAUCCAGGGUAUUUCAAGUGCAUGCAGCGCUUCAUAAACUCCAUCUCUAGUGUUGUGGAUGACCUUCCUGGGAAUGCAACUGUGAUCAAUGCAUCUCUUAACUCCAUUAUAUCCUUGCCUUACGGGAGUUUCCGCCACCUCCCGGCGCUGAAGACUUUGCAUCUGAGCCACAACAAAAUGGAAAACAUAGAAGAUGGAGCCUUUGAGAAUCUCUCUGCCUUGCAGAACCUCAACCUCUCCUGCAAUUAUCUCACAAAUUUAUCCAGAGAUGUCUUUCAGGGUUUGGACAACCUUACCGUCCUCCUUUUGCAUAAUAACUAUUUGCAUACAAUCCAUCGGGACACACUGAACCCAUUACAAAACCUCCUGAAACUAGAUCUCCAGUUCAACAGCUUUGGAAGCUUUGAAGAAAUCGUUCAAAGCUUGCAGAGACUGAGGUGGCUGAGGCAGCUCAAUUUGUGCAACAAUAAUCUGACACUCCUCAAGUCUGAGCUAAGCCUUCCUGUUUCCUUGUCUUACCUCUUCCUCUGCAACAAUUCCCUGAGUCAGGUGGACGGUAAUGAACGACAGUUCCUGAAGAAUGUGAAGGUACUAGACCUUUCUUUCAACAAGAUCUCCAAUGUCUCUUCCUUUGCUACAGUCAGCCUCCGAAAUCUAAGCAGUCUACAAUUGAAAGGGACCGGCAUUGACAUCUUCCAACUUCUAAAUAUUUCUGACCUGCAGCCUCACUGCUUGGACUAUUCAGGGUUGCAAUUAAAUAAAGGGUCACAGUUAAUCGAGCUGUGCCAGUAUCUUCAGAGAUCCAACCGUUCCUUGCAUCAUCUGCUUCUACAGAAGAACAAUCUCCGGAACCUGAGCAGCAACAUCUUUUCAACAUGUCCUCCCAUCCAGAUGCUGGACCUUUCCAGGAACCAUCUCAGAUCAGUCAGUUGUAUAACAAAUAUAUUGGAUGUGAGAACGCAAAACCAACUCCGGACUUUGGUGGUGGAGCACAACUUGUUGAAUAGUCUAAGGUACUGCUUAAAUAGCACUGCCUUAGAACAGCUGACAACGAUCUCCUUCCGUUUCAAUCGCAUCCUCUCAGUCCGCAGCUUUGCUUUCCACUAUGCCCCUAACCUGCAGACCCUCCACCUCAAUAUCAACAUCAUAGCUUAUUUGGACAAAAAAGCCUUAAGGGGUUUAAGACAGCUCAUUGAGUUGCGCUUAGAUAAUAAUCUUCUUACUGAUAUCUAUGAAGAGAGCUUUGAUGACUUGAGUAGCCUGCUGACACUCAAUCUUCGGAACAAUCGUAUUUCCGUCCUCUUUCCUGGUGUCUUCAAAAAUCUUGGAAAGCUUCAUAUCCUGGACCUGGGGGGGAACAAUAUCCGCCGUUUGACCAAUGGGUCAUUUGAGGGACUGCAGAAUCUGAACAAUCUCUACCUGGACGGCAAUCGUAUUGAAAACAUUAGCUACACCUUUUUUCAUGCAGUGGAGAGAACUCUUAAAGUCCUGGACCUAAUGGGCAACCGGAUACACUAUAUCAGCAUGAAGCAGGACCAUCCGCCUCCAUUCCUGAACCUGCAACACGUUUACGAUCUCAAGCUCCAGGCUCAGCAACCCUAUGGCUUGAAAAUCAUCCCGCCAAAAUUCUUCAAAGGCUUGGUCUCCUUGCGUAGUCUCUUUCUGUCAGAAAAUAAGAUCCUCUCGAUUGCACCAGAUGUCUUUGAUGACCUAAAACAGCUGGAAUAUCUAAGUAUGACUGAUAGCAGUAAUGGUAUGGGGAACUUUCCACCUGGUAUCUUCAAGAAUCUUAGAAACCUGACUAGUCUCAACUUGGAGAAUGCUGGCAUUCACACAUUGACUUUGGAGGUCUUUGGCAACCUUACCGGAUUGCGCAACCUCUUUCUAGGGAAAAAUGAGCUGCAGACAGUCAAUAGCAGUGUGAUAGAAAAGCUCACCUCAUUGCGAUACCUCGAUCUGCGUAAAUGCCCCUUGUCUUGCACCUGUGAUAACAUCGACUUCCAGAGAUGGCUGUAUAACGGUCAGGUUCAGGUUGUUUAUUUGUACAACUACACCUGCGGUGCUGGGCAACACUCCAGUUACGUGUAUAGCUUUGAUACCCAUGUCUGUUACCAAGAUGUGGGUUUCUACCUGUUCCUUGUCACUUUCCCCGCUCUAUUGCUUCACAUACUGCUAUCUUUCCUCUACCACCGUACCUACUGGCAGUUAAAAUAUCAUUUCUACAUCUUACGUGCUUGGGUCAGCAAUCACUGGAGGCGGGGCAAAGAUGAGCAUUACAAAUUUGAUGCCUUCGUCUCUUAUAACUCCACUGACGAGAGGUGGGUUUUGGAGCACUUGGUGCCCAGACUUGAGAAAGGAGGGAGUCCCGUCUUUCGGCUCUGUCUCCAUCAUCGGGACUUUCAGCCAGGGAAGUAUAUCAUAGACAACAUUGUGGACAGCAUCCAUAACAGUCGGCACACCAUAUGUAUCAUCAGCAGGAAUUACCUGCAGAGCGAAUGGUGCUCGAUGGAGAUUCAGCUUGCCAGCUAUCGCCUCUUUGAUGAGCUGAAAGAUGUUCUCAUCCCCAUUUUCUUAGAGGCCAUUCCUGAGCGUGAGCUCUCUGCCUAUCACCGGAUGCGGAAAGUCAUGCUGAAAAAGACCUAUAUUGCAUGGCCUCCGGAACCUGAAGCUCAGAAUUUGUUCUGGGCUAAGUUAAGGACGGCUCUAAAAGCUGGCAACUCUGAGGAAGUGCAAGAGGAAGAGAUGGCGUACUGGUCUGCUGAAGACAGUAAACUAGGUUUGGAAUCAAAUGGCAAGAUGGAGUAGGAGGAAGGGAGCAUCAUCCAAGGCACUAGUUUUCCAAACAAGAACACACUGUACAAGAUUUGCUGAAAACAGCAUGAGGGGGCUUGGACUUAGCAGAAGCAACAAGGAGUCCUGUUGUUGAGACACAUUAAAGACUAAUGGACAAGAUCCUGUUACUCAACGUGAUCGUGUAAGGUCUUUUACUGGCUUUCCAUCAUAUGCCCAGGCAACCUCUGGUAGUGCAACUGGGUGUUCAACAGCCAGAGAUGUGUGAAAACAGAGGACAGGAUUUGGUCUUGCUACAAUCAUGACCGAGCUUUCUCACAUAAAAUAAUGAGUGGUAGAAGGCUAAGAUAGUGGGGUGGGGGGGACACUACAUCACUGCAGAUGGCAAGAAAUAAACUCCAAAUAUUGCUCCACAUGUCAAACUCCCAGCAAGUGGAAAUGCACCUCUCUGGUAUAAUAAUUCUAAUUUAAAAGUCUGGCGACUCUGAUGUCAUAGGAGCAAUGAAAGUGCUGAGUCUAUUUUGGGGGUUAGGGUUCAGUGCCUCAACUGUAAAGUUUGGAUUAAAACCUGGAGCAGAAUCACUGUCCCAAUGACACCUGACUCAAACUGUCUUAAUAAACUGUUCUCAUGUUUUAUUUUCAGGGAGUUCUCAAUACAGAGCAUUUUAAAAUGUAGCAUCCAUUUUUGAGUGGCACAGUCCAUUGUACCAUCUCAUGCUGCUACACAUGUAGGCCAGGCUUAUUCUGCACAACCCUUUUACAUUCCCCUAAUAAAACAUGAGAAAAAAAGUAAAUGGGUGUUGGGCUAAACUUGUCCCAUGCAUCUGGUAACACUAACAAUCCAGAGAACAGAAAUCAAGGUAGACCCACCACAUCUAUCCAUCUUUGGAUGUUGGGUGUCUUCCUUAAAAUCUGGUGUAGACGCGGAAGACUUUGGCUCUUGUAUAUUUGUAAAUAUAUGCAGCUUGUGGAUAAAUAAGCAUAAACAAACAUCCAUGAUGGAUGUGUGCUUAGAGUCUGAGUAAGUGGGUUUCAUCCACAAAAGCUUCCAAUUUGUUUUAUUUUUAGUGGUCCAGAAAAAGGUAUUGCCCGCUCUUGCAUUUGUGUAAUCCUCUCGACCCCACAAGCCCUUCUUCCCUUUUUCAUAAAUAAUACAGAACACCAA